AUGAUAUAUCCUCCUCCUCCAUUUGACGAAUUCCCAUCGCUGACGGCCCCGGCCACCACCUCUUCGGUGGCGCCCAUCCCCACCGUGAUCCCGGGGUUGGAAACCUGGCAGGAGAUUCACGAUGUGGGCAUGCGAACUCUCUGGGUAGUGACGGUGCUGAUGGGCGUCUCCUCGCUGGUCUUCUACCUUCUGGCAGCUCGCGCUCCUCUGUCAAAGAGAAUCUUCCAUAUUCUAACCUCAAUCACAACCACAAUUUCCUUCAUCAUUUACCUCGCCCUAGCCACAAACCUUGGAAGCAACUUUAGCUUCAGCGAGCUCCACGAGAAGCACAAACAUGUCCCAGACACAACAACCCAGGUGUUCCGCCAGAUCCUCUGGCUCCGCUACCUUAACUGGGCCCUAACAACUCCAUUGAUCUUUAUCAACUUCGCUCUACUCUCCGGCCUGCCAGGUGCGAACCUGCUGCUAGCCAUAUUUGCCGACCUGGUCAUGCUCUCUACCGGCCUACUCGGCUCAUAUGCAAACCACGGCCGUGAACGCUGGGUGUGGCUGACCAUCUCAUGCAUCGCUUACCUGGUCGUGAUCCACCAUAUUGGAUUCCAUGCGCAGAGAGCAGCGAAGACCAAGGAUGUGCGCACGAGACGCUUCUUCGGGGCUGUUUCUGGGUCUGCGAUUCUGGUACUGGCGUUGUACCCUAUUGCACUCGCGGCUGGACCCCUCGCUCUCCAGCUCAGCGUCGAUACGGAGACUGUUCUUUUUGCCAUUCUGGAUGUCUGGACUCAGGGAAUCCUUGGAUACUGGCUUCUUCUGGCCCAUGAUAGCUCGCAAGGAAUUACCCUGCUCAUGGAUGGCUUCUGGUCUCGUGGCGUUGGCAAUGAGGGUGCCAUUCGCAUCGAGGAAGAGGGCGCUUAA